AUGGCGACGACCAAGACCGACGUUGAAACAGCGGGGGGGAACCCUGUCAAGCGAGUUUGGUAUCGAACAACCCUUUUCAAUGCUUGUGUGAUUGGAUGCGUCGGCUUUCUUGCCCCUGGACUAUGGAAUGCCAUGAACUCUCUCGGCGCGGGAGGUGAAGAGAAACCGUUUUUGGUCAACGCGGCUAAUGCCUUGGUGUUCGGCCUUAUGGGCAUUUUUUGCCUAUUGGGUGCACCAAUCGCUAACCGGAUCGGUCUAAAAUGGGCUCUUAUCCUCGGCGCCACUGGAUAUCCACUGUACUCGGCUGGCUUAUAUACCAAUGAUCGCUUCGGGAACGUCUGGUUUGUCUUGGUCGGCUCGGCGGCGUGUGGAAUCUCGGCGGGAUUGUACUGGGCUACGGAAGGAGCCAUCGCUAUUGGCUACCCGGAGCCGGCGAAGAGAGCACGGUAUAUAAACAUCUGGGUUCUUUGGUCUACAAUGGGCCCGAUCGUUGGGAACUCAAUCGUACUGGCGCUGAAUAUCAAGUCCAACGGCUCUGGCAGCGUAGGAUAUACCACUUAUAUCGUGUUCAUCCGCGGGGACGGAUCUGCCGUGAUACUUCGUGUCGAGUCAUCUUGGUCUGAAGAGUUCCGGGCCCUAUGGCGUUCUUGCAAAAAGCGCAAUGUCAUUUUGCUGCUCCCUGUAUUCUGGGCGAUCUACUUCAACGAAUACUCCAGCAAUUAUGAAACCUACUAUUUCACCGUUCGUGCUCGUGCUCUCAUCGCAUUCCUAGUCGAUUGGAUUGCCGUGUUUGCAUCCCAAAGCCUGGCAUUGUGGUUGGACUGGAAGAGGUUCGAUCGCAAGACCCGGAUCAAAUAUGGAUUUUAUUAUGUUAUCGUGGUUCACCUGGCUGCCUGGGUUUAUGCAUGGAUUGUGCAGUCAGAAUACACUGCCAAUCCGCCAUCUCUUGAUAUUUAUACUCCGGGCUUUGUCAAAGGAGCCUUCGCCAUGUUUCUGUGGCAAUUUGCGCAGCAGACAGGAGAGAAUUGGCUGUACUAUCUCGUCGGUGAAAUGACAGAUAACCUUGCUGAACUUACUCGCCUGACCGGCAUCCUACGAGGUCAGAUGAGCUUUGGCGAGGCUAUAUCGUACGGCCUAAACACUAGGGACUGGUAUGGUGGCCGUGUACCCAUGGCAGUUAACACGAUUCUUCUCGGUCUUUGUGUGAUUCCUACUUGGAUUGUUGUUCAUAAUUAUGUUCCAGAUGAUACGACAGACAAUGCAGAUGUGUCAACGGACUCUGAUCUACAGAUAGAAACUGAGCUCCAGGUGCACGGAAAGGAGCAAUAG